AUAGACACACCAUAGACUGUAGCUAAACUGGCUGCAUUCCCUCAAAAUAAUAACACCCGAAAAACCUUAAUAUAAGAGUAAUUUACCAUUAAAUCUUCAUAAACUGUUUUGUCCGUCCGAACUUUCGUCUCUGCGCUGCUAUUUAAGCUCUGUUGGUUGUUGUAGAUUAACUUCGUCUCAAUGGACCCGGAGUAUGAGCACCGCCUCCUUCGUCAAAUAAACAUUCAGAAUGACAAUUUGAAUCCUAUGUAUUUGCAGGCAUUUCGGACUCCAAGAUCUCCUUUAUCAUCACCAAGUAAACUUGGAGACAGAUUCAUUCCCACUAGAGCAGGAGCCAGUUGGAGUAUCAAUUUUCACAAAAUCAGUGAAAAUGAGAAAACACAAAACCAGAAUAGAAAGACAAAGGAAGCCUCUUCUGAUACCAAUAAAGCAGAUGGGCUGGCAUAUUCUGCUUUGUUGAAGAAUGAGCUGUUAGGAGCUGGUAUAGAAAAAAUCCAUGACCCUCAAACUGAAGAUCGACGUCUACAACCAGCUACUCCGGAAAAGAGAAGUCUCUUCAAUUACACAUUAAACACUAGAAGAUCACCAUCUGACAAUGGCUCUAACAUCUCCCCAUAUUCUCUAUCACCUGUUUCAAAUAAAAGUCAGAAAUUGCUACGUUCUCCCAGAAAGCCAACUCGUAAGAUUUCAAAAAUCCCAUUUAAAGUCUUAGAUGCCCCUGAGCUUCAAGAUGACUUUUAUUUGAACUUGGUUGAUUGGUCAUCACUUAAUGUCCUCAGUGUUGGUUUGGGCACAUGUGUGUACCUUUGGAGUGCAUGCACAAGUCAGGUCACCAGAUUGUGUGAUCUGUCUGUGGAAGGAGAUUCUGUCACAUCCGUUGGGUGGUCUGAAAGGGGUAAUUUAGUGGCUGUGGGGACUCACAAGGGUUAUGUUCAGAUUUGGGAUGCUGGCGCUGGAAAGAAACUCUUUGCCUUAGAAGGACACACAGCCAGAGUUGGAGCACUAGCUUGGAAUGCCGAUCAGUUGUCUUCAGGUAGCCGCGACCGUAUGAUUCUUCAAAGAGACGUGCGAACUCCUCCUCUUCAAUCUGAGAGACGGCUGCAGGGACACAGACAAGAAGUGUGUGGCUUAAAAUGGAGUACAGAUCACCAGCUACUUGCUUCUGGUGGCAAUGAUAACAAGUUGCUGAUUUGGAAUCACUCCUCGCUGAGUCCAGUUCAGACAUACAUGGACCACUUGGCUGCAGUGAAAGCCAUUGCGUGGUCCCCUCAUCAGCAUGGGCUGCUGGCGUCAGGAGGGGGCACGGCUGACCGCUGCAUCCGCUUCUGGAACACUCUGACCUCACAGCCGCUGCAGUGCAUGGACACUGGUUCACAAGUGUGCAACCUGGCCUGGUCCAAGCACGCCAAUGAGCUGGUGAGCACCCAUGGCUACUCUCAGAACCAGAUCCUGGUGUGGAAAUACCCAGCUCUCACACAGGUGGCCAAACUGACAGGACACUCUUACCGCGUUCUGUAUCUGGCAAUGUCUCCGGAUGGUGAGGCCAUUGUAACAGGAGCUGGAGAUGAGACGCUUCGAUUUUGGAACGUAUUUAGUAAAACAAGAUCAACAAAGGAAUCUGUAUCUGUUUUAAAUCUUUUCACAAGGAUACGGUGACCAAAGACUGAAGCAGGCCUCAAGUCUUUUACAUGGUGCUAUGGAUGUGGGGUACAAUCUGAAUUUAUCUUUAGAUUUGACUUUGAAAGCAUCCAAGACAUCUUAUUGUUUAUGGUUAUUUGAACAUUGUUGAAAUGUUCUAUUUUAAUUUAAUGAGGUUUUACAGUACAUUUUUUUUACUUGCCUCUACAAUUAAUUUGUUCAACAUGGAAUAUCAUGAAACAGGUUGCCAUCUGCACUACAUAUAUUGUGCAUUAUCUUAUGUUUAACUCAGGUCUUAUUUAUUUCGAUGUAUAUGCACCAUGUUUUGUGCUAUUGCUUAUUUGAACUGACGAAUUAUAGUGGUGAACGUUAAAGCCAAAUCUGCAUCAGUGGAUAAAAAGUCUAAUGCUGUGCAUCUAGACGUAGAUAUACUACAAGAUUGAUUCUUUGUGGUUACUACCAAAAUAAAUGUCUGUUAAAAGUC